AUGGCUCGUACCAAGCAAACUGCACGCAAAUCGACUGGUGGAAAAGCACCACGCAAACAACUGGCUACAAAGGCCGCUCGCAAGAGUGCUCCAGCCACUGGAGGUGUGAAGAAGCCCCAUCGCUAUCGCCCUGGAACAGUGGCCUUGCGUGAAAUCCGUCGCUACCAAAAGAGCACCGAGCUUCUAAUCCGCAAGCUGCCUUUCCAGCGUCUGGUACGUGAAAUCGCUCAGGACUUUAAGACGGACUUGCGAUUCCAGAGCUCGGCGGUUAUGGCUCUGCAGGAAGCUAGCGAAGCCUACCUAGUUGGUCUCUUCGAAGAUACCAACUUGUGUGCCAUUCAUGCCAAGCGUGUCACCAUUAUGCCCAAAGACAUCCAGUUAGCGCGACGCAUUCGCGGCUGUGAAAUCCAAAUGGCUCGUACCAAGCAAACUGCACGCAAAUCGACUGGUGGAAAAGCACCACGCAAACAACUGGCUACAAAGGCCGCUCGCAAGAGUGCUCCAGCCACUGGAGGUGUGAAGAAGCCCCAUCGCUAUCGCCCUGGAACAGUGGCCUUGCGUGAAAUCCGUCGCUACCAAAAGAGCACCGAGCUUCUAAUCCGCAAGCUGCCUUUCCAGCGUCUGGUGCGUGAAAUCGCUCAGGACUUUAAGACGGACUUGCGAUUCCAGAGCUCGGCGGUUAUGGCUCUGCAGGAAGCUAGCGAAGCCUACCUAGUUGGUCUCUUCGAAGAUACCAACUUGUGUGCCAUUCAUGCCAAGCGUGUCACCAUUAUGCCCAAAGACAUCCAGUUAGCGCGACGCAUUCGCGGCGAGCGUGCUUAA